UAUUUGGAUGGAGUGGGAGGAUGCAAUAGAAAGAAUCACAGAAAAAGCAAAUAAUAUUGAAAGUGCACUGUCGCACAGCACGCGCACAGAGACACUUGACGCUCUUCUUUUAGAGCUUAGGCAGGACUUGACUACAUACAAACACAUAAUUCAAAGCUCACCAAAUGGAGAAAGAACGCUAGCGCAGCUGAGCACUCGAGUGCAGGCACUUAACAGACGGGUUAACAUAAUGAAAAUGUCAUAUAAUGCAGAGAAUACGAGAGAAAAGCAUCGGAUGCCGGAUGAGGACUGUCAUAUAACCCGAAAUACAGACAAGCUCAACAAAUACAUAAAAAUUGCAUCGCACUCCCUUAGCUCAAUAGAGAAACAGCGUGGCAUUCUUAAAGGCAGCAGAAAAAAGCUAGAAGACGGCUUGCAGUACUUAGGGUUGUCUGAUAGAGUGAUAGACCAAAUAUCCAAUAGAUAUAUCACCGAUUACAGGAUAUUUAAAGCACUUACAGCUAUUUUUAUUCUUUUGUUCAUAUAUGUAUUCCUUCUUAGGAAGUAAUUUCAGGCUAUUUCAAGAUAUGCCCAAAAUGGCCUAAAGAAUAUAAAUAAAAGAAC